CGGUGGUGCUUUGUAAGGGGGCGGGCGGCGGCGCGGGCAGGCGCUGCUCUCGCUCCUCCUCCUCGGCCGCCGCCGCCGCCUCCUCCUUCUCCUUCUCCUCCUCCUCGUAGAGCGGUGGCGGCGGGCAGGCUCCGGUCGCGGCCCCGCAGCUCCCCACCGAGGCGGCGCGGCCUCCGCUCCCUCCUUCCUCGGUCGGUGCCCGGCCUCGGCGCGAUGUCGGGCGGCGCGGCGGGCGCCCCCAAGCCUCUCCCGUCUUCCGGGCCCAAGUCGCUGCGGGAGAUGCCGCAUCCCCUGGCCACGUCCAGCAGCGAGGAGAUGGGGCCGGCGCUCACCCCCAGCCCCGACCUGCUCCUGCCCCGCAGCAUCGCCGACAAGGAUCUCGGUCUACCCAAUGGCACACCUGUGGACACUUCUAGCCCAGCUUCCUCCUCAUCUCUCCUCAACAGACUGCAGCUGGAUGAUGACUUGGAAGGGGAAACUAGAGAUCUCUUUGUUACUGUUGAUGAUCCCAAAAAACAUGUGUGCACAAUGGAGACAUAUAUCACAUAUAGGGUUACAACAAAGACCACGCGAGCAGAGUUUGAUUUGCCGGAGUAUUUGGUCCGCCGGCGGUACCAAGACUUCGACUGGUUGAGAAACAAGCUGGAAGAGUCUCAGCCAACGCAUCUCAUUCCCCCUCUUCCUGAGAAAUUUGUGGUGAAGGGUGUUGUCGAUCGCUUUUCUGAAGAGUUUGUGGAGACGAGGAGGAAAGCAUUAGACAAAUUCUUGAAGAGAAUAACCGAUCACCCGGUGCUUUCUUUUAAUGAGCACUUCAACGUGUUUCUCACAGCCAAGGAUCUUAAUGCCUAUAAAAAGCAAGGAAUGGCAUUGCUGUCAAAGAUGGGGGAGUCUGUCAAAUACGUUACAGGAGGCUACAAAUUAAGAAGUCGGCCACUGGAGUUUGCAGCCAUUGGGGAGUAUCUAGACACAUUCUCUCUAAAGCUUGGUACCAUUGACAGAAUAGCACAACGGAUUAUCAAGGAACAGUUGGAAUACUUGGUGGAACUACGAGAAUACGGACCUGUUUAUUCAACCUGGGGAGCGCUGGAGGUUGAGCUGUCGGAGCCACUGGAAGGGUUGUCUGCCUGUAUUGGGAACUGCUGCACAGCUCUUGAAGAACUCAGUGAAGACAUGACAGAAGACUUCCUGCCUGUGCUUAGGGAAUAUAUAUUGUAUUCGGAGUCAAUGAAGAAUGUGUUGAAGAAGAGAGACCAAGUUCAAGCGGAGUAUGAAGCAAAACUGGAAGCAGUAGCCUUGAAAAAAGAAGACCGUCCAAAGGUACCCACAGAUGUUGAGAAAUGUCAAGAUCGAGUAGAGUGUUUCAAUGCUGACCUGAAAGCAGAUAUGGAGAGAUGGCAGAACAACAAAAGGCAAGACUUUAGGCAGCUACUCAUGGGGAUGGCAGAUAAAAACAUCCAGUACUACGAGAAGUGCCUUACGGCGUGGGAGUCAAUUAUACCACUAUUGCAAGACAAGCCAGAGACCAAAUAAGAAGUACCUUCAUGGACAGUCUAGCACUUCGAUGCUCAGUACCACUAGACAUACUGGAACUGUAUGAAGGACUCCUUUUGUCAAGUUAACCGAAAUGCCAGCUGCACUUAGGCUGGUACAGACGUUCUGAAAAUGAUUUGAAUUUUUUUCCUCACUUUCUGUGUUAAAACUGGGGUAUGUUUCAUCUUUUUGAGUUACCUUGAAUGGUUCCUUCUUUAUCCUAUGGAGUGAUUGGGGGUUCAUAGUGGAAGUGCACGGGGAUCUUGAUAAAACUUACCUCUCUAGUCUGGAAGGAACUGAUGAGUGGAACACUGAAAAGAUGAAAAUAAAACUCUACUGCAAGGUGCCAAAUGACAUCUUUAUUAACAUUCUGCUUUGUUUGCUAAAAAAAGAUGAUAAUUAUUCCUAUGAUACAGUACUCCCUAACCAAUCCUUAUCCCUUUUUUUGGAUGGACAGGGAAGGGCUGGAAAUGAGUAUUUUCUGUUUUGCUACCACCCAUAUGCUCCCUCUGGAUAAAAUGGUUUCUGGAGACUUUUCUGUGUGGGAGUUGGGCUGGUCCUAGACAGAACAUACCAAUACCACCUGCAGAUAGCUUGUGAUGCAAGCAUGAACUGUGUUUUUUGUGAGUGUGGCAUGCUGUUGGUUCAUACUGAGUAUCUUUGUUUACCUUGGUGAUUAUGAAGUAAUGUCAGUUGGCUGAAGUGUACUUGUGACUGACUUGGGAGUUAAAAUCAGCUUAGCUGCGGGAGUGAGUUGAACAGUGGCCUUUCAAGGCUUAUGGGAAUGGUGGAAGCAAGUGUGAGUCUUUAGUGUAUUUUUUCUAAAGCUAGCUCUGGAAGUUGCAUGUUAGAGUUCUCUUGGUCCAUGCUUUAAAUGUUUUUGGGUUUUGUUUUUUUUCUGAACUAGAGCCACUUUGGGCUUGGUUACUUAGGUGCCUGCUGUAGUAAAGGUAGAACUCUGCUUUCUCUCCCCAUGUUUUUUUGCAGCAGCCAAAAGCCAAAAAGUGUCAAAUGCUUUCUUACACCAAGCAUCAUUGUGUGUGAAACUUGCCUUAAACAGGUCGGUGGGGGUGGAUGGCUACCCUGUUAGGUACACAUAGUGUUCAUACCUGUCUCUACUGAACCACAUGGCAAGUCUUUUAAGACUACUUUUGGUACAGAUCUAUUUUCUUAGUAGUUUUUAUUGGCCUUUAGAAAUGUAACUGCUUCUUCAAGUCCCCUUUUUUCCCUUUCUUUUGCAGUCUUGCCUCAAGUAAAUGCCUGCUUGGUGUUAAUGGCCUUAGGAAUGCUGCUGCAAUUUCCAGGGUCCCAGAGUCUUGGUUUAACAGCAUGCAGAUAAAUCCUCUUUAACCAUCCUAAGUGAGAGGGUUUGGGGUUGAUAUCAAUGUAAUACUGGAAUUUGGUGGUAUAAAUAAUUCUGAGUGCUUACUGCUAAACUUGAGUCAUUACUUAUCUCUGGCAACAUUCUUGUGAAGAAUCUGAGCAGUAAUUGAGUAUGUGCAACUUCUGUGCUCUGUGAUGACCUACCAGGUACCAGUCUGGUUUGGACUUUAUCUCUUCAUAAACACCUGAGGCUCCCCUACUAAGCUUGGUGACUUUGUAGCAACUGUCAAGAUGAGUUAUUGCAGCAAUGUGGUAGCUGUCAGGCUAAUGAGAUGAUGCUCUCUGGGUGCAAAAGUCAAGUUUAAGACAUUUUAAGCAGUCUUCCUUUUUGACUCAGCCUCCAUUGACAGCUCUGGUACUAAACAAACUAUGCUUUUUGGUUUAAGAUCACAGUUUGUCAAUAUAUAGUUAUUUGGUGUAAACAAGAACUCUGCUUUAAGUUGCUGUUAUGUCCAGAAUGACAAACUACUUGUGGUGCAAGGGAAGUGCUUAAAGGGAUCAUACUGAAGCAGUAACCAAGUGUUUUCCUCAAUCUCUCCCUUCUAAAAUAAGCACUUCCAUACCCUUAACAGUCUGACCUUCAGGGUAACAGUCUUCCCUAUUUCCCACAAACAGAGAUAAACAUGCUUUUUUGAGCUGGUUCCUGUGUGGUAAAUGGAAUUUUGUAGUUGACUCUGCAACAUCACUGGGAGUCAAGCAAAAUGUAAUUUGAACUAAUAUUUAGACAGUCUUCCCUUCACCUUGUCAAAAAAAAAAGUGAAAGAUUAGUAGAAAGGAUGGUGGGUUUUUUCUGCAAUUGAGUAGGUUUUGUCUGAUGCCUUACAACACUGAGGUCCUGUUCCCUCUUAGUUUUAUGUCAAACUGAAGUGGGUAUUGGUUGUGGGGAAUUUAGCAGUUGACACCACAGCUGUUCAUGAGAAGCAUAAUGGAUAGUGGGGAGUACCAGGUAAAGUUCAAAUCAACAUGUAACCAUUGAGGGUGGAGCUGUUGAAGGUCAUCUUAAAUUUUCUUUAGUCUGAUGCCACAGAUUCUGCAGCAUAGUUCUUAAAUUAGUCCUCAUCCAAAAUAUGUUUCAAAUUCAGGUAAAUCCUUUUUUGCCUAAGCUCUUGAAAGGCAGGCAUGCUUUGCACUUCCCUGUUAAAGUAUAUGGCUCUGUGGCACCUGCAAGUUGAUUUGCAGGAGAGUUUGGAACAUGUGCCUCAGGCUGUGGCCACUGAUAGGAUUUCUUAAUGAUCCAGAACACCAAAACCUCUUAAGCACCUACAAGGGAAGCAAACCUUAACACUCAAAACAGGAGUCCUCUGUAAGAAUUGCUGCAGUGUAAGGAUGUAUAGUGGUGGGUCUCUCAGCUCCUGUGGGCUACGGAGGAGUCUCUUUAUAAAGAGCUGUUGUAAAUCACUAGGUAACUGUGGGAGAGGCUGUGAGGUAUGGGGCAGCAGUGCCAGACAGGAGAACUACAAAAGAGCAGGAAACUCCUGUAAGAUGUAAAGAGUGACACUUGUAAAGGGUGCACUUACUUAACUGCUUUAGUGAGAGGUUAAGAUCUGAACUGUUAGUGAAACUCUGACAUGUUAUCCUGUAAUCCUUACAGGAUAGAGGCUGUCCUUUGGAUGGCCCAAACAUUAAGUGUGAAAAGUAAGAGGUGCUGGUAAAGCGAAGCAGGAGUAGUACAGAAGCUUCAUCUUUGAGUAACUUGAGUGUUCAGUCACUUAAGGUCACCCUCUGCACAUGCACUAAAAUGAUGUCAAAAGUAGUUGCACUUUUUCUAUAAGCCUAUGUAACAUGCAGCACCUUCAACAGUCCUUAAAUUAGCCCAGUUUUCGUUGUAAUCCAUAGCCAGACCAAGUUCCCUCUCAGAGGAUGCAUGAUUCACUGCUGUCCUGGUUACUUCUGUGUAAUUUCUGGGGUGUUUGUUUCUUCUCUUAACUGGCACCAGCACAAUAAACCAAGCACUGAGAUCUUGUUUUCAUGCUUGGUAACAAACCGUGCAUUGUUCAUAUGUAUUCUUACCAGGUUCUGACUCUUGCAAUAAACAUAGAUGUUGAAACAUCAUGGCUUUUUCAGGUAUCCAUUGAAAAAUGAAAAGGUAAUAGGUGUAGCCCUAAAGACACGAACUCUUCUGAUGUGAGUUGUAUCAAAGAAUAAACUAUGGAUUCUUCACUGAAGCCUACUUGGAUUUUUGUCAUACUGACACUUGUGCUAAAGAUAGAGUAGUGGGAUGAGUGGUAGAAAGAAACACCUGCAAAACAUGAGUGGCAGAGAUGGUCCUGUGAGGUAGCCUUGCAGCAGUGGCUCUGCAUAGUCUGUUUGUGAUGCAUAUUGUUUCAGGUGUCAGUCCUGCAGAUGCCAAGGUACAAAGAAUUCCCUCCCAGCCCACCAGGGACUGUUCAGUGUUUUAACAGGAGCCAUGCUUUUGUUAAAACUCGCACAAUUUAACUGAUUAUGAUUAAAGUUGCAGACUGUUAAAAUCCUGGUGCUGAUAACCACUGAGCAAAAUUGCAUAGACUAAACUAGCUCAUUAGAUGUUCAGCCUUCUUAAAUUCUGAAGGUAGAACAGUCUUUCCCUUGGUAUAUUAACUUUUACUACAACAACCAACGAACAGGGAAAAUGGGGUCUUUUUUAAGGUAGGGGAGUUGCUACUACUUGCCAGGUUUGUGUUUUUUCUUUUUUACUGUAAAGUAAAACUGGGGAUCACAGGAAUAAACUUGCCUUCUGGCAGUGUGAAUGUUGCAUUUUAAACUUUUUGGGACUGCUGUUUAACCAAUUUUAUGGAAUAAAAUGGCAACGCUUAAUUCUAUGCUUAGCACUUUGGAGUCUUGCCACGGUAUCCAACCUGUACAAGUACCCAGUAACGAACUGGGCUAGUUUUAAGGUUGCAUGGCUAAGGCACAGUACUUGUGCAGAAAAUAAUGCACUUUCCAAAAAGGCGUAAGUAGAUUACCCUUCUGUAAAUGACAUGCUAAAACAUUAAAGGCUACUUGCUGUCCUAGACUACUUUGAAGGCCUUGGUACUGUAUGCUUUGAAGCUAAACCAUUUCCUUAACUCUGCUGCUGGGAUAUUAAUCCCUAUCUUCAGGUCAAGCAGCAGGGUUGGGGCCAGUGCCACAUCCGCACUGCACGGGGAGACAGAUUGCAGAGGGACAGUCUUACAAUAGCAAACAGCCAAAGGGCUUUUGUCUUUAGUAUUUGAAAAUAAAACAGCACCAUCCUUGUUCUCUUUUCCUCUGUGCCUGCAUCCCUCUGUCCCUUCUUAAGGUUUGGAGAGUAGGGUCAUGCAGGUGAAGGCAAGCUGGCUGUGAGUGGAGGUGGUCUCAUUGCCUUCCUUGCUGAAGGUGUCACUACUGGGGACCAAAAUGGUGCUGGCUCAUCACCCAGACUCUUCUGCUUUCAGCCUCUGUGAACCUACUUACCAGAACUAGAGUCACUGUUCAUACCAUUAAAAACCAAAAUGAAAGCUGUGAAAAGAUUCGUCUCUCUGUGAAUUAGCUAGUCAACAAUGUAAAAAUGGGAAGGAGGCUUUUGUUUCCUGCACUUGACCAAAUCUGGCAACUGUGCUCUUGUUCAGACUCGCAGGCUAGGAAAUGUUGUCUUGCCUUCUGGUGCUGGCAUGUUUCUAUACCCUUUCAUAUAUCUCUGUAUAAAUAUACUUUGUGCAUUGUUUACUAUGGAACUAGUAUUGAUGGAGAAAAACACUUUGAGGUAAAACUGUUUGUAAUUCUCUAUUAGUGUGUACAUUUUUUAAAAUGCACUGUUUGUUUACCUCAGUUAAUUUAAUGGAAUGGACCAAUAAAUGUAUUAAAAGAUGACUCCUUUACCUAGAA